AAGGCACGAUGGAGCAGCUAGCCUAAAUUUGAAAGCUAUGCAAAAUAGUAACCAGUUCCGAUGCUUGGUAUUCUCAAAAGAAUAAAAUCCAAGCACUCUCUCAUGAAUCACCCCUGUCUAUAACACCAGUACCAGUAGCUAUAUACACAAUACAUGCACAGAUAUAGAAGGAAUCACUUAUUUGUCCAUUGGUCUCAGACUUAGCAGCAAUAAGUCUCUCUCUUAGAACACACAGCAACUUAUUUGCAGUUAUGGAUUCUGGAGAGUUGCCGGUAGCUAAGCGCACGAGGUUGGGUUUUGAUAAGAUUUUGCAUGAGACUUUAAGGAAGGAGAGGGCCAGGAAGGGCAGAACUUCCGGCGCCGGAGCUGCCGGACCGGAGAUUAAGGUGGAGCACGUGGAUUUGGUUUCUGAUGAAGAUGAUGAAGGGCCGAGUGUGGUCAAGAAGGGUGAGAGUUCGAAAUCGAGAAGAUUUGAGGGGGGAUUUAAAAAGGGUGAAAAGAGGGAAAAAGCGUGUUAUUCAAGUGAGGAUGAUGUAGUUGAGAUGAGUUGUGUUGAUGUUGAUAAGUUUGUGGAUAAAUUUUUGAGUGAUGAAGAGAGUGAUUCGGAUAUUAGGGUGAUUUCUGUUGUUGAUAUAGGGGAGGAGAAUGCAGAUGAGAGAAUGGUGGAUGGCGGUGAUGAUGGUACUGAUAAUGAUCAAGAUGACGAGGUAGAUGUGGCUUUGGAUGCGAAGGGGGAUGAUUUAUCACAUAAAACAACAUCUAGUGAAGAUGAUAGUUUUUAUGAUGAUGAGUCGGAUGAGUCUUAUAGAGAGGACCGGAAAGAGUCAAGAUCUGAUCAUGAUGAGAGUUUGGAUGAUUCGAGCUCAUGUGAUGAUGAGGAGGAGGUGAGGUGCAAGGGGAAGGGGAGGAUAGUUGAGAGUGGACAAAGACGAAGCAAAAAGGUUAAAAGGAGGCGGGGAGAUUUUGAGCACAGAGGGAAAAGGAAGGUGGAUUUCGAGUUUACAGAAUCAAAUUCGAAUAAUGAUGAGGUGAGGUGCAGAGUUUGGGAGAAGAAAGAUGUCGAAUGCAACGGGAAGGUGAGGAUGUCUGAGAGUGGAAAAGGGGGAAGCAGAAAUGAUAAAAGAAAGAAGGAAGACUAUGAGUGCAGAGGAAAAAGAAAAGGGGUUUCUUUUGAGCUUGAGGAGUCAAAUUCUAAUGAUGAUGUGAGGCACAGAAUUUGUGAGAGUUUGGUUGAAAAAUGUUACAGAGAUAAAGUAAAUUCAAGUCAAGAUGGACAAUGUGAUCCAAAACCUGAGGUGGUGGAGAUUUAUUCUUCGUCGGAGAAUGACAAUGAAAGUCAGGAAAAUUAUGUUAAGAGAGAUGGCAGAGAAAGACAGAAGAAUCUGAAGAUGGCUGCUAAAAGAAAAGCAAGUAAGAAGCUGGAUUUUCUUGAGAUUCUUGCUGAUAGUCUAGAUGGUGAUGGAGAGGUUGUGGAAGAGGCUGAGAAGGAAAAAUCGCAACACAAGUUCUGGUUUAGAGACGAGGAUGAGAAGCCGGUGGAAAAAUCAGACUUUGAUAAACAUGUUGAUGAACUCUUCAAAGAGCUGAACAUGUGCCUCACUUUUGAAGAGAUUGGUUCUACUCCACCGGAAACUGAUUGUUCUUCAGACCAUAUGAAGGUUGACAAUGAUGAUCACUGUAAAACAGAAACUGAUCAGGCUACUCUUUGUAGUCAAGGAAUUCACCAUCUUGUUCUUGAUGAACAAAUCGGAAUCAUAUGCAAGUGUUGUUCGCACGUGAGGCAAGAGAUCAAGCAUAUUCUUCCAACUUUUAGCAAGCCUUCGCCACAGACACGGAGAAGGGGUUAUUUUGAACAAUCGGGAUGCCCUAUAUACUCAGAUGAUUUUGAAUACACUGAUGCCAGAAGACAUAAUUCUGAAAUCUACAACAUCACUGGAACUGUCUGGGAUUUGGUACCAGGAACAAGGAGUAGCAUGUAUGAACACCAGCGUGAAGGCUUUGAGUUCAUCUGGAAGAAUCUUGCUGGUGGAAUUUAUAUUGAGAAGUUGGAGAAGCCACUGUCGAGUUCUGGUUCUGGAUGCAUAAUAUCACAUGCCCCUGGGACAGGGAAAACUCGCCUUACUAUUAUAUUUCUCCAAUCAUUCAUGAAGCUGUACCCAGAUUCUAGGCCAGUAAUCAUAGCUCCUAAGAGCAUGCUUCUCACAUGGGAAGAGGAAUUCAAAAAGUGGAACAUCAAUAUGCCUUUCCACAAUUUGAACAACCCGGAGUUCUCGGGCCAGGAAAAUCCAGCAGCUGUAAGCUUUUCAAGUAAAGGAAGGGACAGCAGGAACAAUGUAAUGUUUACUCGUGUGGUCAAGCUUUUGUCAUGGAUAAGGGACAAAAGCAUCCUGGGAAUAACAUAUAAAUUGUUUGAUAAACUUGUGAGUGAAGCAUCACAAACUGUUGGCUGCACUCCUAUUAAAAGGAAAAUGGGGAAAGCCCUUCUAAAGCACCCUAGUCUUUUAGUACUGGAUGAAGGACACACACCCCGGAACGACCAAAGCAGUAUCUACAAGUCCUUGCUUGCUGUUAAGACUCAGAGGCGCAUCAUUUUGUCGGGAACUCCCUUCCAGAACAAUUUUGAUGAGCUAUAUAAUACCCUGCGCCUGGUGAACCCCAAAUUUGAUGGCGAGAUGAAGAAAAGCCUAAGGAAUCUCAGCAAAGAAGUACAAAAUAAGUGGUCUGCGCAUAAACUUGGGGAGCUAAAAGUUAUGAUUAGCCCUUUUGUGCAUGUGCAUAAAGGAAAAAUACUUCAAAAAAGCUGUCCAGGUCUAAAGGAUGCCUUGAUUCACUUGCAGCCGACAGAUUUGCAGCAGGAGCUAAUAGGUGUUCUGAGUACUGAUGACAUGAAAGCUCGCAACCUGGAAUUUUCAAACGUGGCUACCCUGGUAUCAGUCCAUCCCUCACUAUUACCUGAGAGAUAUUUUGAAGAACAUCAAUUAUCUACUUAUAAGGAUAAGCUUAAGAAGCUAGAAACAGAUCCGUUUUCCGGUGCAAAGACAAAAUUUGUUGUGGAAAUCUGUAGGCUGAGUGAGGCGCUAGAUGAAAAGGUACUCAUUUAUAGUGAAAUUCUCGAUCCUCUGGUCUUUAUAAAAAAGCAACUUCAGACAUACUUUGGGUGGACUGAGGGAAAAGAAGUGCUAUAUAUGUGUGGAGAACUUCAACCAAAGCAGCGCCAAACUAUAAUCAGUUCUGUCAAUGAUCCGAGAAGCAAAGUGAGGGUACUUUUAGCUUCGACAAAGGCUUGUUCAGAAGGCAUAAAUCUUGUUGGGGCUUCAAGAGUUGUUCUGCUGGAUGUGGUGUGGAAUCCUUCUGUUGAAAGACAAGCAAUAAGCCGAGCCUAUAGAAUCGGCCAGAAAAAAAUUGUGUACACUUACCAUCUUAUUGCACAAGAGAUGGACAACAGAAAAUACAAUGCUCAAACUGCCAAGGACCGGUUGUCAGAGAUUGUGUUUUCUUCGGAUGACAAGGAUAGCUGCAAGGAAAAUGUUCCAAAGAUAGUCUCUGAAGAUGAAAUCUUGCAGAAGAUGAUUCAACACAAUGACAAGCUAGGAGGCUUGAUCAAACAAAUUGUUUACCAACCCAAAGAUUCGAAUCUUAUAGAUACAUAUGAUUUGGUUGCCGAGUAACCAAACUGAUGAAAAAUGUUAUGUGUGCAUGUGGGCAAUACCUUUCCACUCUCUUAAAUUAGCAACUCUCUCUUAUGUUAUCUGAGGACCUCUCUUUUGUAUGGAACAAUGUUCUGAACUUCUAAAUAUCAUGUUUAAACUGCAAGAUUGCAAUUUUAUGAAGUGAUUGAAUGACUGAUGCUUCACUUUAUAAAAACCUGAUCAUUGUGAACUCAGUGGCUUCUGUAGAUGUAUUUGCUUGUUAUAUGAAGCGUUUUAAGUGAUUUGUUUGUUA